AUGGUACUCAUUGGAAUACCAUGCCUGCAACGUUUAGUGACCAGCAGCUCCUACACCCAUUUCCUUUUAAGCCUUUGUGAGUGGGAAGUUUCUGCACGGAAGGCUCUCACCGACAGCCAAGAAGCAUUGUAUCCUGUUCGUGCCGCAUUGUCAGUCCAUCUUCGCCAGAUCGAUCAAGAACUGGAGAAAUGUCGAAGAGAGAAACACAGCUCAGCUUUCUAA